UUUGACAUUGGAGGCAGCAAAUGUGACCGUCUGUUUUCCUUGGUCGAUCUGGACGGAUGUGCCACCGCCAUGGACUACUGGACAGAUGGGUGCAAAGGGGUUUUCUGCGUUGGCGACUUGAAGGGCAACGUCCUGAUUUUCACCUCCACAGAUGUGGUCACCAAUGGUCUCUUCAACGUCCGUGGCUACAUAGGGGGCUUAGGCAGAGUGCCCGUCCAUCUUCUGAUGAAGGGGAAGACUCUGCUGUACCGGAAUUUCACCGUAUCGGCUGUGCACGGAGACUGGUGUCAACAGGUGAUGUACAUUCCUCAGCUCAACUUGGUUGCUUCCUGCACACCGGCUGAGAAGUCUGCCAUGGCGUUGACCUCGCUACCCCUGCAUAACAUCGGAAAAAUCCAGUCGGCUUUGAUUGUCCUGCGGAAGGGGAUCCUGUGCUUUGACUACUCAGCCGAAAUGAACAUCGUAGUGACGGGGGGCUAUGAUCCCCUGAUCCGAAUCUGGAAUCCAUACGUGACCAACAGUCCCAUCACUCAGCUGAAGGGCCACUUGACAGCUGUCACUCACAUCAUGAUCAACGGGCAGAAGAAAACCAUUGUCAGCAUCUCAAAAGACAAGAAUAUCCGCGUCUGGGAUCUGCUGGAUCACUUCUGCCUGCAGUCGAUUCAUGGCCGGAACGUCCCGUUGGGCAACUGCCCCAUUUCCUCCGUCUACUAUCAUCGGCAUCAGAAUAUCUUGAUCUGUGCCACUUACAAGAUUGGGUUAUUCUUUGGCGCUGAAUUCACCGAGGUGGAACUGAAGACCCAAGAACCUCUGCUGUGCUGUGCCCUCUACAAUAAGAUCUUCAAACAGGCAGUCAGCGGCUAUUACAACGGGAUGGUCACUGUUUGGGAUGUCAUGACAGGACAGAAGAUUAUGGAGUUUACCACCACCUCAGACCAAGCCCUGGAGAUGACCGCCAUGAUCUUUGAUCCGCCAGAACGGCGACUCAUCACCGCUCUGAAAAACGGGAUGAUCAAACUGUGGAACUUCAACAACGGGGCUUGCCUGAUGGAGAUUCCCUUUGAGGAGAAGACUGAGACCAACUGCAUCUUUUACAUGAACCACAGGAUUUUUAUCACAGAUUGGACCAAGAGAGUGACGUGGUAUCGAGACUCCAAAGACGAGAACAACGUGAUUGAGUGCAAGCGCUGGAAGUCCUACCACGCGGAGGACAUCCUCUCCAUGGAUGGGUACGCCAAUAAGCUUCUGGUCACCUCCUCCAGCAACGGAGACAUUGUCCUCUGGUACGUCAACUCUGGGCAAGCCUUCUGCCGCUUCAACGCCUCCGAGAGUCCUCUGGCGCUCGCUCCCAAACGGGAGUUCGCCAUGAGUGCAGAGCCCCCUCCCCAGAGCGCUGAGGUCAAGAAGAUGGAGACCCAGCCGAGUGAGAAUGAGAAGAAGUACUGGGCCUACCCAAGGUUACAGAGCACCUCCAUAUCUGCCCACCCUGUGCGGCCCACCAGCGCGAAAACCCUUGUCGCACCUUCUGGGCCCCCCAAGCGUCCCUCUUCAGCUGUACUUGGAAGCCAGACCGCCAAGCCCCAGGCAGCUUGGAGCUCCAAGGACAAAAUGAAGAGUAGCAACAUCAUUCAUCCCCCAGCCAUGGUGGAGAGCUCCUUCAUGAGGAGGGGGAGCCUGUCAUGGCAAGAAGAGAUCAAGGCGACCCAACGAUCCGUGGAGAAGGUCCUCUUCCUGAAGACUCGGGAACGAAAGCCCCACGUCGCCGUUUUGCUCACCAGUUGCAUGGACGGCUUCCUUUAUGCCUGGUCAGUGGAAAAUAAAGGAGGGAUGUUGGGCAAAUUCCGAGCUAGCCACCCCAACAGCCGGGACUCCGUGGUCUGCACCAUGUCCACCGAUGACAAAGAGUUGAUCCUCUUGACUGGAGAUUCCUUGGGUUACAUCAAGAUUUGGGACAUCAUGGAUUAUUGCACAGGACCGGAAGUACAAGAGUCCAAAUUCGAUCUGGGUGAGGAAUUUCCGCCCAAGCGGAACCCCUUCCGUGACUUAAUCCCAGAUUACUGCAGAAUUGCUUCAACGUUUUCAGAAGACAGAGCAAUCCAGCAGGAAUACGAAGGCUGGGUCACCAACCUGAUCCCUCCGGUCUGCCUGAGUUCUUGGCGGGGUCACCUGAAAAACAUGAUCAGCCUCCGAUACGUGGAAAAGUUCAAAGCUGUCCUCACAGCCAGCCAAGACUGCACCAUUAAACUCUGGCUCUUGACCGGCAGGCACAUGGGGACCUUUGGACAGUCGUUAUGGAGUCUGGGGAUCUCACACUUAAUUCCAGCAGAAGUCCCCGAGGAAAUCCGUCACGUGGCAUCUCUACACACCCUCAAAGUUCUCAAUGAGGGCCGGCAACCACACUGGGAGAGCACCCGCAAAAUUGUGAAGACCCUGAGCCAGCAGAAGAGACAGCAAUCCCUUCUAAUGGGCUUGCUGUCCCCCAAGUCCUCCCUCAGCAUCGAUGCUGUGGAGAAGAUGCAGGAUCUCAUCCAGAAAGAGACGUGGAUGACCCGGUAUAACGACGAGCAAAUCGAGGCUUCCUUUCAGAGGUGGGAGGAGUCUGGGAAGAAAAGUGACAUUCUGGGCCAUGCCUACAAGCAGAAGGCCCGCCGGCCUAUGCUGAAGCAGCUUCCAGAGGUGAAGGCCUCAGUGGCCAACAAGGACCAGCCGCGGAUCUACCACUGUAUCCAGUACACGGACCUUCACCCGUUGAUUAGUCCCCAAAUUCCCGACGUUUUGGCGGAAGCCCAACAGAUGCAGGCUUUGGCCGACAUCAAAGGUCUCCGGAAGGGCAAACGAUGGAUGGCCUUGACUGGCGUCAUGAAGCCCACUGUGAAGAACAUGAUGCUACGCAGGAACGCCCUCGUGGUCAAGGAGUGAUUCCCUCAACCCAAAAGUUCAGGAGCUCAGACUUGCAACUCUUUCCAGGCCCGAUCCGGCCCUGUCUCCAAAUCCCUGUGGAAGACUUUUUGCAAAAGGGUUUUAAGCGGCCGAAGGUUGAAAAUAAA